AUGUCGACCCUGAAUUUCGCUUUGGUCAAUAAUACCGGUUCGAGUACGGUCUAUGCCUACAUUACCGGCUUGGCUAUUGACAACAACAAUGCGCUGUUCCUUUUGCAAUCCGACGGUGUGACAGCCUACUAUCCGACAUCGCCGGCAUCUACUAUUACGGCUCUAGCUGUGAACUGCGCGAUCCCACUUGGUGCAUCCGGUAGUACUAAGACAGUGACAAUCCCACAUUUAGCUGGAGCCCGACUGUGGUUCUCACGCGAUGCUACACUCGCCUUCUACUUGAAUCCGGGUCCAGCGCUUGUGGAGCCUUCGUCUUCCAACCCCUCGGACCCAAACUACAACACCUACUGGGACUUCUGCGAGUUUACCUGGAACACCUCAGAGCUCUUCGUCAACAUUAGUAUGGUAGAUUUCUUCUGUCUGCCCAUUGCCCUGGCAUUGGAGAAUACAUCAGGCGUGACUCAGACUGUCAAGGGCCUACCAUCAGGUGCUCUGGAUACCGUAUGCGCUGCACUGACAGCCCAGAACAACACCGAUGGCGCAGGCUGGAAUGACCUGAUCGUGACCACCAACGGAGCAAACCUGCGCGCCGUAUCCCCCAACACCGGCAUAACACUGAACAGCAGCUUAUUCAGUACCUACUUUGAUUCAUAUGUAGCUCAGGUGUGGUCCAAGUACACCAAUGCGACUCUGACAGUCGACACCCAGGCAGCUGCCGGAAGCCUUACGGCAACCGUUUCCAACAACACGUUGAACUUUUCAUCGGACAGCAUCACUUAUGCCCAGCCCACCUCCGCGGCUAUCUUCAGUAACAGCUCUGGCGCCUUUGCUGUGUCUGGAGAUAGUACCAAGGACGCCAUCACUGCCCGGCUGGCUGCCGCGUUCAAUCGGUCCACCUUGCUGAUUGAUACGGAUCAGCCAGAUGGCGAAGUCGUCGCCGAUUAUUAUACGAACGCUAUCACCAAUCACUACGCGCGGAUCUGCCAUGCGACUGCUCUCGAUGGUAGAGGAUAUUCAUUCCCCUAUGAUGAUGUGGGUCCGUCCGGUGGCGUGGAUCAAUCUGGGAGUGUAUCAGAUGGCAGUCCCAAGCUUUUGACUGUCACUGUUGGCGGCCCCUUGACUAGUAGUUCAACUGAGAAAAGUGUGAAGAAGGAGGCUGUUACAGCCACAUCAACUUCACAGGGUGCUGCUAACCAGGGUAUUCAGAAACAAGGUAAAUUUAGCAGUUUGAAGAAAUUUGUGCGCAAGUUUUCUCGUAGCAAGACAGCACCUUGA